UCAUCAGAAACAUCUACAGUAACACUUACUAGUUAAUAAGUUACAUUGCAUUUUGAAGUAAACAGGUCGAAACGUAUUGUUGUGAUUUCACCUUUGACCUCUUGAAGUUUGAGGAAGCACAUGUUGUGCAGCUGAGGGUGCGAGUCAGCGCAAUUUGGCCUCUAAUGCUUGACACAUGACCAACAACGAUGUCUCUGUACAGAGUGCCACGUUACAGGAUUUGUCAUGCGAUCAGCGCUGUUUUGCGAUCAUUACCACGCCGAUGUAAACACACAUCCCCAGACCAGGUACCCCAUGUGGCCAUCAUCGGAAGCGGUCCUGCAGGCUUCUACACAGCACAGCAGCUCCUGAAGGGACAUCCAACAGUGAAAGUUGACAUAUUUGAAAAGUUACCAGUUCCGUUUGGCCUUGUUAGGUUUGGGGUCGCCCCGGAUCACCCAGAGGUCAAGAAUGUCAUCAAUACAUUUACCCAGACUGCUGGGAAUGAACGAUGUAGUUUCCUUGGCAAUGUGACAAUUGGAAAAGACAUCACGGUCUCCGAGCUGCAGAAGAUUUAUACAGCAGUAGUUCUGUCCUAUGGAGCUGAUGCUGACAGGACGCUGGGAAUCCCAGGAGAGGAUCUGCCAAAUGUGCUGUCUGCCAGACGAUUCGUAGGAUGGUAUAACGGCCUCCCUGAAGACAAGGAACUACCAGUUGACUUGAGCUGUGAUUCGGCUGUUGUGUUGGGCCAUGGCAACGUCGCUCUAGAUGUGGCCAGGAUACUUCUCACUCCACUGGAUAUACUGAAGAAAACAGAUAUAUCCGAACAUGCGCUUGCAUCCCUGGCUGAAAGCCGCGUCAAACAAGUGCAUCUGGUCGGCCGUCGAGGGCCACUGCAGGUUGCCUUCACCAUCAAGGAGUUGCGCGAAAUGGUCAACCUCCCAGAGUGUCGGACAGUCAUUAACCCAGAGGACGUCGCCAGCCUUAAAGAACUGAUAAAUGACCUCCCUCGUCCCCGCAGACGGCUGACAGACCUCCUGUACAGAUCUGGGUGUCAACCUGCGGAGAAGGAUGUCACGCGCUGGGCUGAAGCUGCACGCCAAUGGAACCUGCACUUCUGUCUCAGUCCACAGGAAGUUGUUGCAAGUGCUGAUGGGAAGGGACCAGAAAAAGUCAAAUUUGCUGUAAACCGACUUGAAGGCACAGAUCUCGUCAACCAAAAGGCUGUGGCAACGGAUGCUGUGACUGAUAUACCAUGUGGAUUGGUAUUAAGAAGCAUAGGCUACAAGAGCAUCCCGAUUGACAGCACAGUGCCCUUUGAUGCAGAGAAAGGAAUAAUCCCCAACAAGGGCAGCAGAGUACAGGGUACUAAAGGUCUAUACUGUAGCGGAUGGGUCGGACGGGGCCCAGUUGGUGUGAUCCUCAACACCAUGACAGAUGGGUUUGACACAGGCAAGGUCAUCCUCAAGGACAUGGAAGAGGGUCAGUUGGAGACAACAGGGAAACAAGGUCAUGCCGAGGUCAAGGACAUGCUGACCCAGAGAGGUGUGGAAAUUGUCACAUUUUCCGACUGGGAGAAGAUCAACACAGCGGAGUCAGAAGCAGGGAAGAAAAUUGGAAAACCACGAGAGAAGAUAACCGACAUUCCCAACAUGCUUGGUGUUGUCAAAUCUAAAUCUUAACACAUAUAUUUAUCAGUUUAGCCAAUUAUACAAAUUAUUAUUCUAUUUUGUUAGUCCCAGGUAUGUUGGUUGUAGAGUCAUACAUUAGAGAGCUUCAUCAAUGAGAGUGACUGCUCCACAAGCUAGGGCUUCAUAGGUAUGUAUCUAGGCCUUUUGACUCAUGAAGAUCUGGGUUAGAAUAGGUUUUCAGUAACCAAUGCUUGUCGUAAGAGGCGACAAAAGGGAUCGGGUGAUCAGGUUCGCUGACUUGGUUGAUGCAUGUCAUCGUAUCCCAAUUGCGUGG